AUGGAGAAUUACAAUAGCCACACAGCCGGCUCCUCGACCGACAGCGAGGCCGCCCGGCAGUAUUUUAAGCAUUCCAGCGCCAAGCGCACCAACACCAACGCCGUGCUCGCGAUGGCGCUCAAGAGGCAGUAUCCUGCGCUGCAUCUCAGCCUCGUGCCCGCGCGGACAGCCGACAUCUUGGCGUUCGCCUCGAGCGGACGGGCCUUGUUUACCGAGGUUGAAGACGACACGGGCGAGAGCGGCAUCCCGGCCUCGCUCAGGCUAAAGAUGUUUGUGCCCCCGACGAAGCGUGGCAGCGGCGACGGCGUCGUCGCCCGCGUCCCCAUGUUUGCCAAGUUUCUCUACAAGUACAAUGAUCACGACUUCAUCGCCUACCGGGCCAGGGCGCAGGAUGGCGCGUUCGAUAGCGAGGACAUGUACUACAUUCUCUCCACGGACGAGACCAAGACGGAUGCACUCAUCCAGGCGGCUGGUACCUGGGGCAGUGUGCUGCACGACGAGAUUUGGGUCUUUGACGGCGGCUUUUGGCGGAAAGACGCCGGGCUCUAUGCGAGCGUCAUCAAGUCUUCGUGGGAUUCCGUCAUUCUCGACCAGGACAUGAAAAAGGCACUCAUGGACGAUCACUUGUCGUUUUUCCGAUCGCGCAGCACAUACCAGAACCUCAAAGUUCCUUGGAAGCGAGGCAUCAUUUACUACGGACCACCGGGCAACGGAAAGACGAUUUCCAUCAAGGCCAUGAUGCAUACGCUCUACAACCUUACGCCCGAGGUCCCUACACUCUACGUGCGGAGUCUCACCUCAUAUUUCGGCCCCGAGGAUUCCAUCCAGAAAAUCUUCUCUCUUGCCCGGCAAUUUUCUCCCUGCUACCUCGUCUUUGAAGACCUAGACUCGCUCGUCUCCGAUGACGUGCGGAGCUAUUUUCUCAAUGAAGUGGAUGGCCUGCAGUCCAACGACGGCAUCUUCAUGAUUGGAAGCACGAACCACCUUGAGCGCCUGGAUCCUGGCAUCGCCAAACGCCCCUCGCGCUUCGAUCGCAAGUACUUGUUCCCCAACCCAAAUCUCAAAGAGCGCGUGGCCUAUUGCCAUUUUUGGCAAUCCAAACUGGCGGGUAACAAGGCCAUUGAGUUUCCCGACAAGCUGUGCGAGGCGAUUGCAGAUAUUACCAACGAGUUUAGCUUUGCUUAUAUGCAAGAGGCGUUUGUCGCCGCUCUGCUUGCCAUUGCACGCAAUGAAGGCGAGCACGGCGACGACGACGAUGGCUUCAGUGACGAUGAGUACGGCGUCGCCACGGUUGAUCUGGCUGAUGAGUGGAUUGGCGUGGUCGACCCGGCCGGCCGUGACCAUGUUGAUUUGGAGCACCUCAAGCUUUGGGUGGAAAUUAAGAAGCAAAUCAAGAUUCUUCGCGAGGGCAUCAAGGAAGAGCCCGAGGAAUAA